AUGGUGAAUUUCGACGAGCUUCCACGGGAUGUUGUUGAAGAAAUUUCCAAAAAGCUCACAUUCUUGCAAGAUUACAUCUAUCUCCGGGCGACAUGUCGUGAUCUCUACUCCUUCAUUCCCCCAACCCCUAAGCACCUACCUCUGCAAGUACCAUGGAUUUUCUACCCUCGCCAACAAAAUAGCAGAUUCUUCAACUUCUCUACCCACAAGUUUCACAACCUCAGCUUCCCCAGCACCUCCUGCCACCAGAGGGAAUGUGGCUCUUCACAAGGUUGGAUCGUCAUUCCUGACGAAAAAAGCCCAGAAAUUGUUCUAAUCAAUCCUCUCAAGGGACUCGAACAAGAAAAGGUGAAGUUGCCUGCACUGACCACUUUUCCUAAUGUGAGAGGCUUCAAUCCGUCAAGAAUUGGGCAUGAGUUUGAGGUUGAGAGUAAUGAAAGAGGUAAAAGUAAGUUCUUUGGUUUAAAAACAAUGAGAGAUAGAUUUAUAAAGAAGAUCAUAAUAUCAUCAACUCCAUUGAAGGAUGUUGGUUUUGUCGCUGUUGCGCUGCUGUCCAAAUCAGUGGCUUAUUAUAGGAGUGGAUGA